UCUCUGCCCCUGCCAUGCGGCUCCACUCCAUGCUCAUAAAGACACACAACAUUUACCAUGGGGGCACCCCAACUGGGGGGAGCUACCUGAGGGGCCGCUGGGGUUCCCAUCGUCAGAUCUGAUGUGGAAGCGACAAGAAAGAGAGACAGACAUGUGAAGGCUUGUGAUGAAAGAGAGGAAGUCUGUCUCCAUAGCAACAAGAACCCAGAGCAUCACAGAACACCUCCUGGAAACCUUCAAGCCACACUACUCCAAUAGCUACUGCAACACUUGGUGUUGAGGAAGCCAGCAGGCCAUCUCUCAGGUCCCACGUCAGUGACCUCACACCCCACCAGUGGACCAAAAUUCCCACAGAGACAAACCAGAAUAUUUGAGAAAGUCUUCCCAGAAGAGUAGAAGCCACAAAGGACGGAAUCAAUUCCACAGUUCACAUCCUUCCACGUCCAUCCAUCCAUCCACUCUUUCACACACUCUUCCUGACUGUGGGUCACCCACCAGCUCCAGUGGUGGCGGAUGGUGCUGUGGCCGGGGCGGCGGCAGCGGCGGCGGCGGCUCCGCCCUCCGCUGCUGCAGCAGAGGCCUCGGUGGCGGCAGCAGGUGUGGCGAAGGUGUCUGAGAUUCACACGCAACGGCAGACAAACGAAGGAGAAGAGACAGAGAAGUCAAGAGAGAAAAAGGGAGUCAGAAAAAAAAGAACUUACAGCGCUGACUUGUGGCCAUGACACGCUGGACUUGAUCCGGAACAACACAUAAAAACACGUGGAGGACCUCCAUUAUGGCGGACACCUGAAGGAAAGGAAGGAAGGAAGGAAGGAAGGAACACUCACCCGAACCGAGGAGAUCUGCAAAGGACAACACAAUGAUAAAUAAUGAUUAUACAAUGUUGGCGGUAACAUGUAAACAUGUAUAUUCUCUACCUACCUCCCCAGGACGUGGGGGCGGCCGAUGUUGCUGGGGGGCCAGAGGAGGAGAGAGGAUCCAGGUCCAACAAGGAACUGGAGGAUAAGGCUCUGGUGCAGCCGGAGCGGCGGCGGCUGCGCUUUCCCCAGGCGGAGGCUGCAGCGUGGGGACGGCGUUUGAGGAUUUGGCCGGAGUGGAAGUUGGAGACACGUUGUUCGUGGGAGACCCCUGGAAGGCCAUUCAUGUGUGUUUCCAGAGACUCCAGGAUACUGCUGGGAGCCUGACAAAAAAACAAAACACCAUCACCAAGCUUGAAGUAAGGAAAGUGAAAAGCAAACCCCCACAUCGGAAGACACCAGGGUCUACACCAGGAUGCAAAGAGUUUGACCAGGUCCUUGAAGAGCAGCAUGAAAGCAGCGUUGAUGAUCCCGUUGUUCAGCUCCUUGGGGUGAACCUGAGCAGAAAGAGAAAGACACCCUGGACAUUAGCAUCCAGGUCAUGUGACCACACCAAGUCUCAUGACCUCCCAGACUGUCCUCACACCCAACUUAAGAGCUUAUAUGAAUGCUGUGCAGGUGCUACAUGCUAACAGCUAGCCUGCCUGCAGCACAGACUGGCUGCAGAGACAUUUACUUCAGCAAUCAGGUGGUUUUUGCGGCUUGGUUUAACCGCCUGUCUGGGUUUGUAUCGUCUUUGCUGGAGCAUCGCCAUGGUUACAGUAAUUAAUUCAGUGGUAAUGUCCAGAUAUUUACACCAAAGGAUGCAUAAUGAAAAAUCAAAUGAGGCAGUAUAUACACAUGUUUUAUUUUCUAACUAUAAAAUGUUAUAUAUUUGAAUUAUAAUUAGCUAUCCAGGCAUGUUUGCUCUAUUUUACCCGCUUUUGCUGUUUCGUUUAAAACAUAUAUUAUUUCCACAAUGUGCAGCAUGCUGCAAAUACCUCCCAGGGCUGCCCCUUGGACACCCCUGAAUUCAUUACACCACCAUUUUGCAUGCAAGCUGUAGCCUUGAGAAUAUUUUGUGAAUGGUUAAACUGCAUGUUGUGCUUGACUUACAGUCCAGGUGCUUCUUCUUGGGCGCCAUCACUUCAUGAGUGGUGGCCUUGCACACGGCCCGGGCCAUGUCUGAGCCCGUUAGCUGAUAUUGGGCCGCGGCGAUGCGGUCCGUGAGCGUCUGCCCGGACAUUUGGACCCCCUAUGGAAUUCUUCACCGCAGGAGAAACAAUCAAUCUAGAGAUCGCCCACCGCAGCUUCCCGGGUGCUUCUGCAGCAAACAGGCCUUUGACCUUCUUCUUGCCUGUUUUGGUUAGAAACGACACAGGAAAUUUGGGAUUUUUUUUAAACGGGGCUCCAUGCUGAUUAAAAAAAAAUCGUUUUUUGAGCUUCCACUUACGUGAAUUUUUCACGGCUUGUCCGGUUUUCGGCAACCACCGUGCGCUUUCAGCACCUCGGACAGCUAAAGCCACUCGGUUAUGUAACACCCCACUAGUGGUGGGAGCCCUGCAGCUGAUAUUAAGCCCCCAAACCAAACGACACACAAAAUCCUCCUUUUUGCUCAACACUCCAUGUGUAGGUCCGAUAUUACGUCCCGGUGUUGCAUGCGGGUUAUUCCUCUUACGGCGUCUUCAAAGAAAGGGAAAAAAAUAAUCAUCCAAAAAAAUUGCGGUGUUCUUCCCCAGAUUCUGCGGCGACAGAAAAUGUGCACCGAAUGCGCAAAAAAAGUGCGCAGUACAAGGAGCCGAGGAGGAGGGGACAGGAUUCCUAUUCUCCUUCCCUACGCUAUUUUUUUUAUUUAUACGCCUUUUAUCUGUAUGGACACGGAGACACUCCUCCCCCCAGUGGAUGCUUGAACAUGGUGACGUUACCCGGAAGUGUCGCCACGUCGCCAAGAACUGCGAAAAACUGGAAAUUUUUAACACGCCGAAAACCACACAAAAUCCAUGGCCCACAUUCAGGAAGUGUCAAAACAGUCCACUUUGCACCCUAAACCUAUAGGCUUGGUUUUGCAGUAUGGCACUGCUGGAUUCAGGACCAACGCCAAACAUCUGGACCACGUCAUGUUCAGGAUGGGACUGCUGGCCGGGCUGCGGUCCAAAAAAACCAAAGCGGCCAUCGGAGUCAUGGUCACCGCCUCCCACAACCCUGAGGAGGACAACGGUGUGAAGCUGAUUGAUCCCAUGGGAGAGAUGUUGACUGCAGCAUGGGAAGGCCACGCCACCCAUCUAGCCAACGUGGAGCAGCAGGAGUUACUUUCUGUGCUCGAGGAAAUUAUAGCCAAAGAAAGCAUAGACAUGAGCCAGGAAGCUGUUGUGUUUGUGGGCAAAGACACCAGGAGCAGCAGUGACAGCCUCUCACAAGCAGUGCUGGAUGGAGUGCAUGCUCUGCAUGGUCAAAGCAAAGAUUAUGGGUUGGUGACCACGCCACAGCUCCACUACAUGGUGCGCUGUCACAACACACAGGGGCGCUACGGCGAGGCCACAGUUGAGGGCUACUACAGCAAACUCUGCCAGGCUUUCAUUGAGCUCACCAAGAAUACACCCAACCGCACAGAUGACCAGAAACACCUCACUGUGGACGGCGCCAACGGCAUCGGCGCGCUAAAGGUACGAGAGAUGGAGCGUCACCUCAAGAGGGAGUUGCAGGUUUCGCUCUUCAACCACGGCGAGGGACAGCUCAACCACCAGUGUGGCGCCGAUUUUGUCAAAGUGCAGCAGAAACCUCCCACAGGCAUGAAGGUGAACUCCGGCGAACGUUGUUGUUCAUUUGACGGUGACGCCGACCGCAUCGUGUAUUACUACACCAGCACAGAUGGACAAUUCCAUCUGCUGGACGGAGACAAGAUAGCAACGCUCAUCAGCACUUUUCUUAAAGAGCUGCUCAUCCAAGCCGGUUUGAAUUUGAAGUUAGCAGUGGUGCAAACGGCGUACGCCAACGGCAGUUCGACACGCCACCUGGAAGACAGCAUGAAGAUGAUCGUGACGUGCACAAAGACUGGAGUGAAGCACCUUCAUCACGCUGCACAGGAGUUUGACAUGGGGGUGUACUUUGAGGCCAACGGCCACGGAACGGUGCUGUUCAGCAAGGCAGCCGAGGAGAUGAUUAAGCAGCUUGCUGACGACCCAAACACCAACGACAUCAGGAAGAGAGCGGCUCUUCUGCUGCGGCACACCAUCAACGUCAUCAACCAGACUGUAGGAGACGCCAUCUCUGACAUGCUGCUAAUAGAGGCUAUAUUAGCCCUGAAGGGAAUGACUGUGCAGCAGUGGGACGCCAUCUACACCGAUCUGCCCAACAGGCAGCUGAAAGUCAAGGUGUCGGACCGCAGGGUGAUUGACACGGCCGACGCCGAGAGACGCGCUGUGAGCCCAGCGGGCCUGCAGGACGCCAUCGACGACCUGGUGAAGAAAUACAGACACGCUCGCUCCUUUGUGAGGCCGUCUGGCACCGAGGAUGUCGUGAGAGUUUACGCCGAGGCCGACACUCAGGAGAGUGCUGACUCCCUUGCACAUGAAGUCAGCCUUGCAGUGUAUCGCCUCGCUGGGGGGGUGGGAGACCAACCCAAAUCUUUGCACUAGACAACAAAUAGACACUUUUUUUAACAAGACUGGAAGCAGACAGACAUGCUGAAAGCUCAUACUGUACAUGUAAUGGUGUACGUAUACCUUUUGUGGGUGGGCAUUUUACUGCUGAUAUCGUUAUCACAUGACUUCUACACUACAAGGGAAUUAAGAAACACAAUCAAGGGUAUUUUUUAAUGAAAAGGUACUAUGUUCUUCUUGUUUCCGUUAAUUUUGGGUACAGCAAGAGAACAAAAUGCUGCACAUGGCUUUCAUCGUAUCCACUUGUCUGUUUACAUAUUUUGUUGUGAAGGCAAUGUGGGCUUCUCCUUGGCACUGUCGUACUGCCCACUGUUUAUUUAUACCUGUGAUGUGAGAAACACUUCCUGUCCCUCAAUGUGUACCGUGUGGGGAAACUACGCUUCUGUACUGUACCAAAAAAUCUGACUUUGAUUUAAUAUACCAUUACAUUCCUACAUAAUAUCUGCCAUUAAUUACUCUUCCAGUCUCCAUUAACAAAUGAUCUACUGUGUAAAUGGCCUUUUUAAUAUUGUAAAUUAUAAAACUAUCAUGUUUACAUCAGACUUUUAAUGAUUCCAGGGUGGAACUGGCUGCUUCAAUCCAAAUAAAUCAUGCAAAAA